AUGACUAUUGACUACACCUGGUGGAAAGAAACAACAGUUUAUCAAGUUUAUCCUGCUACCUUUGCCAAAGGGUUAAAAGGAAGAUACACCGGAGGUGACAAAACAUUUGAUGGUGCUUGUGGUGACAUUCUCGGUAUUACUUCCAAGUUGGACUACUUGAAAGACUUUGUUGAUGUGAUUUGGCUCAGUCCUCAAUACGACUCACCACAAGACGAUAUGGGGUAUGAUAUCAGCGACUACCAAAACAUCUACCACAGGUACGGUACUAUGGAAGAUAUGCAAAAGUUGAUUGAUGGGUGUCACGAGCAAGGUAUCAAAAUUAUCGCUGACUUGGUGAUCAACCACACCUCUUCCGAGCACAAGUGGUUUAAAGAGUCCAGAUCCUCAUUAGACAACCCUAAGAGAGACUGGUACAUCUGGAAGAAACCAAGAUACGACGACAAGGGAAACAGAUUACCGCCAAACAACUGGAUGUCCUUUUUCUCUGGCUCCGCUUGGGAGUAUGAUGAGACUACCGAAGAAUAUUAUUUAAGAUUAUACGCCGCCAGCCAACCUGAUUUGAACUGGGAAAACGAAGAAACCAGAAACGCACUUUACGACACUGCGUUGAAGUUCUGGUAUGACCGUGGCAUUGAUGGGUUUAGAAUUGAUACAGCCCGCUUGUAUUCAAAAGAUCAACGAUUCCUUGAUACGCCAAUUGUCUUUGAAGACCAGUUCUACCAGCCUAGUAUAAAGUACACCACAAAUGGACCACGAAUCCACGAAUUUCACAAGGAAAUUUUUAAGAAGGUCACUUCACAUUAUGAUGUCAUGACUGUUGGUGAAGUAGGGUCCUGUUCUAGAGAGGAAGCUUUGAAGUAUGUCAGUGCUUCUGAGAAUGAAAUGAAUAUGAUAUUUUUAUUUGAUGUUGUUGAUAUCGGGUGGGACAAGAGCGACAGGUUUAGGUACCGUGGCUUUAACUUGAAGGAUUUCAAAAAGGCAGUCCAAGACCAAUGUGACUUUAUUGAGGGAACAGAUGCAUGGUCUACCGUGUUUAUAGAAAACCAUGAUAAGCCGAGAAGUGUCACUAGAUUUGGUGACAAGAAGUAUCACAACAAAAGUGGUAAAUUAUUGGCUCUUUUGCAAACCACUUUGACUGGUACUUUGUUCAUCUACCAAGGCCAGGAGAUUGGU